AUGGUCUUCUCUACAAGGCAGACAUUCUUCGCCGUUACGGCUCUGGCUAUCGUGGUGCCUACAGCCGUACGCAUAGUCUCAUCGCCGCUAACACUCAUUCUUCUGCUCCCAGUCCUCGCUGUGGUCAGUGCACUUGGCUUUCUGGCACUCAAUAUCUUCCUGGGAUAUCUCUUGGACGUACACCGGCUUCCUCCGCAUAAUGCGCUUCCCUCUGCAGCGAGACCGCUGGCUUUCUCCACGCCCGCAGCUUGGCAAGCCGUCUUGACGCGUUCUCAGUGGUCUCACAAGGCACCCCAGUCUCUACCUCCGCUGUAUCGCGACUCUCCGGUUAUAUCUGCUGCUCUGAAUGAUAUCCUUAUUAUGAUUGUGCGGGACUUCGUGCUAGUGUGGUACAAAGAUAUCUCGUCCUCCCCGUCCUUUCCCACUGCGGUCUCGUCUGUUCUGCACAGCUCCAUGGAACAAGUUCUCACUCGAGUUAUGACCCUGGACAUCUCCGCCCUCAUCGUGAAAUGUAUUGUGCCUAAGGUGACAGCUCACAUCGAACAGUUUCGACAGUCUGAGGUUGCAUUGCGCGGCGCGGGUCUGGAGCGCAGGCUCACGCAGUCGGAGGAAUUGGACCUGCUGCUCGCAAGCCGUUACGCUGGAAGGGGCGGCGAGAAGCUGCAUCGCGCAGUAGACAACCUUUCGUCCACUUUCACGAAGCAGACAGAAGAGAACCACCUGAGAGGACUCGUCGACCGCGCCCUCCCAUAUAUUCUGCCAGAGAAGGAAGCCAGAAGCGAGGCAGUCAAGAUCGUGGUGCGCGAGAUAGUAGCGUGCUCAGUUCUCUAUCCCAUAAUGGAAAUGCUCGCGGACCCUGACUUUUGGAACCGCUCUAUUGACUCAGUGGCGGGUGCAGCUAUACGCCAGCAGAGGCUGGUCUCAAAGGUCAGAAAUAUCUUAGAGGCACAGCUGCCUCGUCCCAAUCCUAGCGUCACCGUGCCAAGGCCUUCGACCACGGAGACCAUCACAAUCCGUACCGAUGCGCGGCAAUUUGAAUCCUUCCUGCGCAGCAUCAAUCGGUGCUCGUCCUUGUUAGACGCAAGGCGACUGAAGAACGAUAUCAUGGGUGAGAUUAGGCGAACUCGCGCUUUGCUUUCAAACCAUGAGAAGGAUGACUGGAUCAAUGGUGAGAAGACAGAAGACAUCGUUGCCUUCCUCGACAGACUCUACACCGCGAAGCGCAAAGUGGAAAAGCGCAUUGUCCUUCUAGGCGGAGAGUCAGAUCCACGACAACCUACGACUGCUCCUGAAGCGGGCAUGCAGUCACACCUGACGCUCCGCGACGUGUUAAGGAAUCCCAGUUCGUUGUCAUACUUCAUGGAAUUCAUGGAUCGUCGCCACCGUUCUCUCCUCGUCCAAUUCUGGCUUACUGUCGAGAGUUUCAAGAAUCCGCUCGAAUCUGUCGACUCAGGCUCGUCGGAUGAGGACGACGAUGCGGUUCUGGACCCUACGCGCUCCGCCACGCUGAAAGAGGAUAUCUCCAUGAUGAACGAGCUCUAUUUCUCCGGGACUACACCCGACCCGGUGCUGUCGUCCAUCUCACAGAAGCACGUCAACGCUAUCCGUACGUUCGGCCUGGGCGAAGAGACGCCCACUCCCGUGGAGGAGCGGCGCGUGCGGCGCAGCGUAAUGCUCACGCAGCGGCAGAUUGAACGCGAAAUGGAACAGGACUUUGAAGAUUUCCAGCGUUCGGAGCUGUGGUUCCGCGUCGUCGGUGACCUAGAAGCAAUCGCCCGCAGGGGCAUGGAUCAUCCUCCCUCGAGAAGUGAUGAUCAUGCCAUAUCCCGGACGGCGUCAGAGGCAUCAGAGCAAUCACUCUUAUCCAUGACAUCCGUUCCCCGCUCCUUUUCCUCGCCUCUGUUCAGCACGCCCACCGCGCAGAAGCCAGUGAGAAUGGAACUGCCAUCCUCAAACGCUUCGACUCCGAACACCACGUUCAAAGGAUCUCUGUCUAAUUUAGAGGUUCUCAUGUCCCCGAUUGCGGAGUCGCCAUCGGUAUCGUCUUCCCGUGCCCCACUUUUUGACGACCCUGAGGACGCGAAGAUGACGGAGCAGUCCCGGCGCAUGGCUGCAAUACAGGCCGCUCUGACGGAUAUCAUUGCGCUCGAUAAGCGUGAUGAGCACCCAGUGGGUUCUGCCGAGAGUAUCUCGAGUGCUAAAUUGAGUUCCAGCUUGAUCUCGGAGGGCAAGCGGAAUAGCACCCUUGACUACGACGUGGAGGAAGAGGAGGAUCGACCUGACGACGACGGCGAGCACGGUCACGGCUCGUUCCAGCUCGCAGGCCCCGGCGACCUGCAGCUCUCACAUGAGAUCGCACGCCUGACGCACAAGAUCGAGACGCUGCAAUCGCAGGACGCAAUGUUGGACACGCUGAUCAAGAAAGCGGAGCUGACGGGCGACGCCCAGGAGUUGCGGUUGCUGCGCAAAUCUCGCUCGUCACUCACGCGGGAGCUUCGUGAGCUUCGGUUUCAGAAGACACAGUACGAGCAGCAGGAGAGUGCCAACCGAUUACUCUCAGACCACACGAAGGUCGCGAUCGUGAACUCCACCGUGGGCGAGGAGGACGGCAAGUCGGUUGUGCGAUACCUGAUCGAGGUCCAGCAGCUGGCACAGGACGGGACGUUCAGUUCGGGAUGGGUCGUCGCGAGGAGAUACAACGAGUUCUUUAACAUGCAUAACAAGCUGAGGGAGCGAUACGCGUUGGUGCGGAAUCUGGACUUCCCCGGCAAACGACUCGUAACUGCACUAUCCAGUAGUUUCGUCGACCAGCGCCGUGUAGCCUUGGAGAAGUACUUGCAGAACCUAAUCGCCAAUCCUGCUGUUUGUGAGAGUGAAGAGCUCCGCGGUUUUCUGUCCCGCGAAUCACCCUUCAUUGCAAACGAGUCGAUUGCUUCGACGUCGAAGACAGCUCCUCCUGCUCGUGGAAAAGGAAUUGUCCGCUCCAUGUACCAGUCUGUUACCGAGAGCAUAGAUGACAUGUUCUUCGGGCCUUCCAUGCUGGAUGUCAUUAUCCAACGCCUCACCACCCAAGCGGCGGAGUUUGCGGGCAUUGUCGGCAGCGGCGUACACGACGAGGACCUCGUUGCGCAGGCCCUGAAAGCUUCUGGAAAAUCAACGCCGGAUGAUGCGCUAUUCCAACUCUCAGGGGACCUGAGGCCUCUGCAGGGCGAGACCAGUACCUCGACGUUCUCAUCUCCCAUAUGUGAUCUCGUACUCGCUGUGUUUGAGCUCGACAAGAAGAACAACUGGCUCCGAAGACAAGCUAUUGUGAUUAUCUUGCAACAAGUGUUCGGUGAUACAAUCGAGCGCAAAAUCCGGGAAACGUUCGCGAUGUAUGUGGACGAACUCCAUCUCGUGAACUACAUCAAUAUAUUCCGCGAUGGACUUUGGCCCGGAGGCCAGUUGAAACCACCGAGCGUACCCAGAACUGCUGAAGAGAAGCUCCGUACCAGAGACGAAGCGAACCGCAAACUGUCUGCUCUCAUGCCAGAUCUCGUUGCAAACAUGAUUGGGCGAUCAAACGCUCGAAGAGGGGCACGCAGGAUCUUCGCUGUGCUUCAGAACCGACGACUGAACCAACACUUGCUGUACACUAUUGUCGAUGAGAUCUUUGCUGCCCUCUUCCCAGACUCGCCAUCAUAA